CGCGCGACACAUCAGAUGGGCGUGACCUCAGGUGUGGACUCUGGCUCUAUUCGCAGCCGGACGGGAGGUCACUGCUGUCGGGUUUGUCCGUAGGUGCGAGCAGAACAACUGAGAGCAGCGAUGACUGCCGAACCGAUCCGCUCGGCUCUGGGUACCGUCUCUUCGGAGGACACCUCUCUGGUGCUGCCCUCUGACACAAAACAUCGGACGGGGCAGCAGCGCGUGCUGGAGCAGGUGAACACCAUCAAGAGAAGCAAGUCAAAGAUAGUCAAGAAUGACUCCAUUCCGUCGCCAACAACUCCGGCAUCGGCGACAGAAUACAGUGAGCCGAAAUUCCAGUUCUCACCAACAAAACUGAACGGCACACUCUUCAAAUUUAGCAGCUUCAACAUGACAAGCAGCAAGAGCAGAAUGACUGGUAGCAGCUUGUCAGUGCGCAACACAGUGAGAAGACAAACCCCGAGCAGCCAUUGGGAGUCUCAGAUGAACUGGAAUGCACAGUCUCCGCCUAAUGGGAUGAGACGCGGUGGCAGCGACCCAGCUUUGAAUAAGGCAGCCGGCACAAUUACCCAGCAGUCCAGGUCUUCAACUGUGCGAUAUAACAGAGCGACUGGACAAUCCAUGAGACACCAGGAGAAUAACCUGCCUGCCAGCACCAGCAAAUCACAGACUGGUCGCAGCUUGUCAGUGAAGAACACAGUGAGAAGACAAACCCCGAGCAGCCAGAGGGAGUCUCAGAUGAACUGGAAUGCACAGUCUCAUUCCAACGGGAUGAGACGUGGUGUCAGUGACCCAGCCUUGAAUAAGGCAGGCGCCACAGUUACCCAGCAGUCCAGGUCUUCAACUGUGCGAUAUAACUGGGCGACUGGACAAUCCAUGAGACUCCAGGAGAAUAACUUGCCUGCCAGCACCAGCCAAUCACAGGUCGCAAGCAUCAAACCUCCCCUCAGCCAAUCACAGACAAUUACGAAAGUCACCACUACCAAGAACAAAUCAGAAGCGCUAGGUGUGAGUGGUGCUGAUGGAUCUGUUCCUAACAUCACUCUGAAGGAGGCAGUGGACUAUCUGUCACACUCAGACACCAGCCAUCAGCUGUGUGGAGCUUCAUUCAUACAGCACCACACCUUCACUGAAGACAGAGCCAAGCAAAAGGUUUGUAGUUUGGGUGGGAUUCCUGCUCUUAUUCAGCUGCUGAAAUGUGACAAUCCACAGCUGCAACAGAUCACUGCCGCUGCCCUGCGAAACGUAGUUUUUAAAGACAACAAUAACAAGCUGGAGGUGGAAAGUUGUGAAGGAAUAGAGGCCAUUCUGACCUUGCUCAGAAACACCAACAUUAUAGAAACACAGAAACAUCUCACUGGUCUGUUGUGGAAUCUAUCCUCGGCUGAUAAGCUGAAGCCAAAGCUGAUCAGGAACGCCAUGCCGCUGCUUACAGAACGCGUUGUGGUGCCUUACAACUUUUGGACUGAUAGCAGCACCAACAAACACACUGACCCUGAGGUCUUCUACAACACCACUGGCUGUUUAAGAAACCUCAGCUGUGCUAGCGAGAAGGAGAGGAUAUCGAUGAGGAGCUGCCCAAGACUUAUCGACUCGCUCAUGUCUUACGUUCAGACUCAGGUGGAAAGAGCCGAUCCAGAUGACAAGUCGGUGGAAAACUGUGUCUGCAUACUUCAUAACUUGAGCUACCAGCUAGAGAAAGAGGCUCAAGAUCACUUCAAACUGUUCUCUUUUCCUGAUGAGAAACCGAAUGAGAACACUAACAAAAAGAGCCUCUUCAGCCCCAAGAGCACCAAGACCCAGAAGGAGUUCAACUUUCCAGCCAUGGAGAAGGAAGAUCCUAAAGGAGUGGAUUGGUUGUACAACCAAAAGUCGCUGCAGAUGUAUCUGUCUCUGCUGGGCUUAAGUCAAAAUGAGGCCACUCUGGAGGCAUGCUGUGGAGCCCUGCAGAACCUGACCGCUUCAAAGAGCCAUUUGUCCACUCUGAUGAAUCAAAGCAUCAUAGAGAAGCUGCAAGGCCUGUCUGUCAUUUCACCCCUGCUGAUAUCACAAAACCUAGGCCUGCAGAAGACCGCCGUGUCCUUGGUGGGCAACAUGUCCCGGGUGUCAUCUCUACGGGGUACUAUGGCCAAGCAAAUUCUUCGCAACGUCAGUGCUGUUCUGUCGUCUGUGACUCCGAACAUGGUUAGGUCUGACAGCACCAUUGCUACAGUGUGCCGUGUGAUGAACACACUCAUGCUGGCAGACCCCGACACUGCCAAGAAGGUGAUCGACACCAAACUCGUCGACUCUCUGAGCAUGCUAAGCUCAAAUACAUCAUUUGACACAGCCAAAGUAGCUGCUGCAGUUCUUCUGAGGAGUAUGUGGGGACAAAAAGACAUCCAGAAUGUGCUGAAAAAGCAAGGGAUGAACAAGGACAAGUUUGUAAAUACAUCCACUACUACAGCAUACAAAGAAGCAACACGCAUGGAUGGACACUGAGAGAUGUGCAAUUUUGCAGUGCUGCAGGAAGCCACAGAGUUUCAGAGAACUGUCCUGCUUUCAUAUAUUGCAGGACAUUAUUGGUAUAUGCAGUACACAUUGUAGAUUUAAUGGGAUUCCUGCAAUUUUAAUUACAAAUGUGUAACAAAUUUGACUAUUA